CCAUUAAUGUAUGCAGCUUCUUGUGCUAACUUGAAGGUAGUUUUAUUCUUGUUGGAAGAAGGUGCUGUCACAAGUAUAAAAAAUACUUUUGGCUUAACUGCUUUAAUGCUUGCUUCCAAGUGUGGGAGUGUCGAUGUUGUAAAUCUGCUUAUUGAUUUUGGAGCUGCUGUUAAUGAAAAAGAUCAAAAUGGUUGGACUGCACUUUUCCAUGCUGUAGAAUUAGGUCAUAGAAGUGUUGUUCAACUCUUGAUGGAAAAAGGGGCUAAUGUCAAUCUUUGUGAAUAUUCAGAAAAAUUAACUCCACUGAUGGUAGCAGUUUCUGCAGGCCAUGAAGUGAUUGCUAAAGAUCUUUUGAAUUAUGGGGUAAAUCCUGCUUCAGAAUCAAAGAAGGGAGAAACUGCUAGUGUAAUAGCACAAAAACAUGGCUUUUUCAAUCUGAAAAAUUUAAUAGAUGCUCAUCUACAUUCAAAAAAUAAUCAUGUCAGCAGGUUAGAUUGUACAGACUUACAGACAUUUCUUCAAAAUCUUCAACUUUCGAAAUAUUACCAUUAUUUUGAAAAACAAGGUAUUGAUUUGAGCUCUUUUUGGAUGCUCACAGAAGAAGAUUUAAUCACAAUUGGAAUUCAGCUUCUUGGACCUCGGAAAAAAAUGUGUAAAUAUAUUUCACUUCAUCAAAAUCAAGCCCUAAGCAGAAAUCCAGAAGGUGCAGCAUAUAUUAAUCAAAUUCUAUUUGAAAAUAAGAAGCUUCGUGAUGAAUUAUCAAAGGUGAAAACUAUUCUGCAUCAGGAAAAGGAAUUAAAAGCAGCAGCUGAGAGUAAUCUUGGUAAAGGGAUUCACACAUUAAAAACGUUCACUUCUGCAGUGAAACGUAAUUUAAGCUAUGCUAUGCUUUUGGAAGAAAAGUUAAGGGAAAAUUUUACUACUGUGAAGACAAUUCUUAACAAACCGCCUGGAACACGCUUGGGAACUAAAAGCAAAACUGAUUCACUCUAUCUAUUACUUGAAAGUAUGGACAAAUUGAUCAAUGAUAUUGAACAUCAAACAACAAUUGCUUUGAAGCAGAUUGAUUUCAGACAUUAAGUAUCACUUUUUAACAACAAUUGUCUUGCAAAAACUUGACACUGUUAUAUUCAACUUUCUUUUUUAAAAAGAUGAAAAUGGACAAAUUGAUCAAUGAUAUUCAAUGCCUAAGAACAGUUUUAAAGCAGACUGAUUUAGGACAUUAAGUAUCCCUUUUUAACAACAUUUGUCUUGUAUAAAUUUAACAUUGUUACAUUGAAAUAUACCAAAGAUUUUUUUAUUUGUUUGUGACAUUUUAUGUAUUUUAGUACUUUUAAGUAACUGAUGAAAAUCAUUUGUUUAACCUUACCUUUUAAACAGAUGAAAAUGAAUCUCUUAUUUUUAAUAUAUUUUGUAAAAUGUGUUGUUGUAGUGUUUAUUCAUUUACUUUUGUUUUAUAGACUAGCAUUUUAAAUGCUGCAAGAUCAAAUAUUUCAAAACAGCUACAAUAUUUAAGACUCCCUAAUAACCUCCCUACAAAUCUUCAUUCCACUUACAUUGAAAAUGUUAAAAUCUUCGUUAAUCUCUAGUUUUCGAUUUCAAUUUCUUGCUUGCGGCCUAAGCCAUAAUACAGUUCCCUCUCUAUAUAUAUACCUCAUUUCAUUUUCACCUUUUAUCAUACAAAAUAUUUGGGAGUUCUGGGUAUUGUAGUUUAAUGUGUAAAUUUAUUUUUAUAUACCUAUAAUGGCAAAAGGCAAAAAUAAAUUCAAAUGCCUUUUUUGUAAUUGAAAAAAUAUAUUUUUUAAAUUUUAUGAAUGUUAGUCAAAACUUUUUUGAUAUUUGUAUGUAUUUUGUGUAUUAAACUUUUUAUAUUUUGUUUAAUAUUUAUUGAAAUAUGUAUUUUUGUAGAAAAAAAAUAUUUUUGUGCAAUAUGGAAUUAGAAAGCAUAGAAUUAGAAGUUUUAACUUGACAAAGUAAACUUCAAAUAUGUUUAUUAACUGUUUUAGGAUGCUGAAAAAGGCUUAACUAUGAGUCUUACUCAAUUUCUUACUCUCUUCUUAUCUUUGAGCUUGUUAAAUGUUUCUUUAUUCAUGGAAAAAUGUUAUUCAUCAUUGUAUGUGAAUACCUUGAUUAAGAAAAAAUGUAUUGAUCUACUGAAUAAAAUUUUA